AUGUCAAAGCCGGCGGAGAUGGCUGUCGACCCUACCAGCUGGAGCAACGUUGACCAUUCAGAGCCCGGAACUGCUUCCAUCGUUGCCCACGUUGGCAUGAUGGACGGUUGUCGAGAACUCGGCUCGUUCCUGAUGCGGGCAGAAUUGACGGUCCUCAUCGCACGACUAGACGAGCGCGGCAGCAAAGGAUGCUCCGUCUCAGCCUUGGCCAGCUACACCCAGCGUGCCGGGAGCAAGAGCCUGAGCAAGAACAACAUUGCCCAAGCACUCAAGUUCCCGGUUCGUCUCACCGGAGACUUGACGCAGCCUCUCCACAACGAGGCUUACCAGGUCGGCGGCACCAAUAUCAAGAAGCUUGUCGGCGGCGGCGCCUUGAUGGAUGUGCAGAGCUGGGCCAACGAUUUGAUACGGCAGAUUACCUCUGGGAGCUACCAAUCUCAGGCGGCAGACUGGAUCAGGGGAGAUGAUGUGGCCGACGCCAUUGCGACGGCGACCAGAUGGGCUUCGGAGGCCAAUACCCUUGUUUGCUCCGUCGUGAUGCGCAAUGGCUCCGCGGUUUUACAGCAGGGCGACUUGUAUCCCAAGUACUACGACGCUGUCAUUGACACCGUCGAGGUCCAGAUCGCCAAGGGAGGGUACCGUCUCGGGAACUGGCUCAACAACAUCUACAAGUCUACCGUGGCCAAGCGGAAAGUUUGGGGCGCAGAGGUCAAGCCUGCCGAGCUGCCAGACCUAAUGGGUUACGAUUUCCUCCCAGAGCCUCGCCCUCUGAGCCGUGCUCAGCUUGCACGGGCUGCCAUGGAGGGCGAUUGCCGUGGGAAGGGACGCGAGGGCCACAAGCAUUAG